GUCUACCAACCCACCAUCUUCAACAACGAAAUCCAUGGGCACGGAAGGAACCUGGGGUGAGAAGAAAGAGAGGCUACCGUGAAAUUCAUGUGCUGCCAUGGAAGAGUAAACACAUAUGAAGAUCAAAGUAGUUCAGGACAACUUAGCCACAUCCAGACUCGGUGAGGAGAUUGAAGGCGAGAGAAAAAUUCAUGAGAGGGAAAAGCAGCUACAAAAAUCUCUAUCAAGAAACCCCAAAUCUCUCCUUUCAACCCAGAAUCCCCAAAUCCAAAACCCUAACCCAGAAUCCAGAAACCCCAAACCCAAAACUACAUGAGGGAUUUCCGGCUUUGAAUCCAAAAACCCCAAUCUUUACUUGCAAAUCUACAGACUUGAUAAACCACUAUGAGGAUCCCUUUUUCUUCUUCCCUUCCCUUUCUCUUUCGUUGCAGAGUUUUUGAAUCUGCCAUAUCUUUUUGACUGGCUCUAUUGUGGUGGGUUGGUUACUGGGUUUGCUGGAUUGGGGGUGGGUUUAAUGGGGGGUGGGGUUUCUGGGUUAUUUGGUUUUCUGAGUUUUGUAAUCUUUCUAUGAUGCUUCCAUUUGGGUUUGCUGAUUUUGUAUGUGGGAUGAGGGAGAAGUUGCAAAAAGAAGAGGAGUAUGGUGUUAUGCGCAUGGUGCUUCCAUUUUCAGAACCUGGGUCUUGCUUCAAUAUUCCAGAAUUUGAAGCAGAAGCAAAAGCAAAAACAUAGAUAAGAAUUUUGGGGGAAAUUGAUUUUGUUAAUUAGAUUAGUGUUAGUAAGUUAAUUAAGAUUAGUUAGUUUUUAGGAUUAAUUAGGGAUUGUUAAUUUAAAAAAACUGAUUUGUAUUUUACUUUUUAAUUUUUAAUAUUUUUUUUCCUUGACACGUCAGUCUCAUUUAUCCAGUCAGCAUGUCUAUUCAUCACUCGCCGGAGCUUCGGGCUCCGGCGAGGAUCUGCUCCAAACUUAUUGCAAACGAGGGGACCCAAAUUUGUAAAUUUUCCGGGGAGAGACUAAUUUCAGACGGCGAGACAAAGACAGGAGCCAAGUAGAUGAUUAAACCUUAAUUAUAUAUAUAUACAUGUAAUUCCAAAUAUGUCCUGGUUAAUAUUAAAGUGCAUCAAAAGACUCAAACUAUCCUCACAAAACACAUUCGUUCAAAAAACACUGUGAUGGACGAUUUCUCCAGUUUCUUGUCCUUGUCGGACUGUAGGAUUUCUUCGUCGCAGGAAAGCCUCUUGGAUGCCGCCGAUUGGAGUGAACCCCCGCUGCCGACGAGCACUGCCGACUCCGUUGUCAUGCUUUCGCCGCCGGAAACCCAGGACAACUCCCAAGCCGUCCCUCACGAGGCCCACACGCCACCGCCGACAACCACUCCUGAAGUCAUUGUCAUUCUUUCCUCGCCGGAAUCCCAAGGCAACCCUCACGAGCCCCAAUCGCCGCCGCCGACGACCACUCCUGAAGUCAUUAUCAUUCUCUCCUCGCCGGAAUCCCAGUGCGGCUCUCCGGACGCUUUCCACACGGCGCCCUCUCCGGUAGACGACAUCGACGUCAGUCAAUGCAUGGUUAACCGCGCCGUUAUCGACGUUGAUGAUGAUGAGAGUGAUGACUCUUCCGAUGAGGCUAGAGAGUUAAUGGCGCCGUUGUUUGCUGGACUAGGGUUUAACGAGCCUCACAUGGAGGACUCUGAUAAGACAUUUGUCCCGGAGAGCUCGCGUGCUGCAGUAUGUCGCCGCCGCCUCGAUGGUGAAUUGAAGGUUUCAGAAAGGGAAAGGGAGGUCAAACGGAUGAAAUUUUCAGCGGAAGCUUCUUCAGGUGUAGUAGAAAACCGUUUCGUUCUGGUGGAACCUUCAGAUGUAGUGGAAAACCGUUUUGUUCUGGUGGAACCUACUGGUCAUGUGAAUUCUCAAGCUUCAAGGGAAAGGGAGGUCAAGAGGAUGAAAUUUUCAGAUAACAAUGAGGGAGUAAAAGCCAAUUUUGUGGCAAACCUCCAACCUCGACAAAAUGAGGGAGGUCAAACUGAUCAUGUGAAUUCUCAAGCUUCAAGGAGUAAUAUGCAAGGCCGGCGUGUACUUCCAAGUUCAUUUUUGGAGAAACCCAGAAAAGAAAGAAGAUAUCCAAGUGCAUUUGAAGUGCUUAAAGCUUUGGCAGAGAAUGAUAAAGAUGGUCUCUGUGGUAUGGAUUUAGUGGAAGCUGCCAGACGUUUGUUUUCCAAGUGUAAAGGUAGUGGAUAGUACUAGUUAAACAAGUUGAAAAUAGUGCAGUUUGUUGAUACUUUUUGUUAGGGGGAAAGAAAUGUAGCUACUACCUAGGUGGUUUUUCUUUUUGUUUGGGCACCAUGAUCUUUUUUUGGAGAAUGAGAUGGCAUUUGGACUUCAAAUUGUCUUUUUGUUUAAGUUAACUGAUGUUAGUGAUGUCAGAUUCUAAUUUCUAUCUGGUUCUUGUUGUUGCUGUCUAUGUACCAAGCCUUGAAUGAAGAUAGCUAGCUCACUUUGUGAUGAUAA